AUGUACAUACACACAGACACAUGUACACACACACAUGUACAUGCACACAGACACAUGUACACACACAGACACAUGUACAUACACACAGAAAUACACACACAGACAUAUGUACAUACACACACAGCCCUAUAAAAAGUUGCAGUACUUCGCUACCUUCACUCACAGAGCCGGAUAUGCACUCUAGGGGGAGGGAGAGAGCACAGCACACACUCCUUCCUUUGCUUUCACUUUGCUCAACUAUUGAGCAGUCUGACGGCUCCCAGUGCGAGUGACAGAUCCGGCCCUGAGUUCCCAGC